AAAUAUGAAAAUGGCGGCUCUGUGCAGUGAGUUUGGAGAUCUGGUGCAAAUUAAAAAACAGCUAAUAUCGGUCAUUUUGCUGUGUAAAGAACGGGGACUUUUGCACAGUGCGAAGUGGGCUUCUGAACUGGCCUUUGCUUUAGAUCCACUUCCCAAGGAUGAAUUACCUCCACAACCUGCCUUCACCGAGGAAGAUGCACAGGAUCUUGAUGCUCUUACUCUGGCUAAAUCCUACUUUGACCUGAAAGAGUAUGACCGUGCAGCUUACUUUUUGAAAGGCUGCUGCAGCAAGAAGGCUUAUUUCCUCUAUAUGUAUUCUCGCUACCUGUCAGGUGAAAAGAAGAAAGAUGAUGAGACUGUGGAUAGCCUGGGUCCUUUGGAGAAGGGUCAGGUACGAAAUGAAGCAUUGCGAGAGCUGAGGGUUGAGCUGAGUAAGAAACACACUGCAGGAGAGUUGGAUGGCUUCACCCUGUACCUGUAUGGGGUUGUGCUACGGAAGCUGGAUUUGCUGAAGGAAGCCGUGGAUGUGUUUGUUGAGGCGAUCCAUGCACUCCCUCUGCACUGGGGAGCGUGGCUGGAGCUCAGCAAUCUUGUCACCAAUACUGAAAUGUUAAAGUCACUGUCUCUGCCCGACUGCUGGAUCAGAGACUUCUUCAUGGCCCAUAUGUACACAGAGCUGCAGAUGAUCAAAGAGGCCUUACAGAAGUACCAGAACCUCAUCGAGGCUGGCUUUUCUAAGAGCACUUACAUCAUCUCUCAGAUUGCUGUUGCCUAUCACAACAUCAGAGAUAUUGAUCAAGCUUUGGCACUAUUCUACGAGCUCAGGGAUCAGGAUCCAUUUCGCAUCGACAACAUGGACACAUUCUCCAACCUGCUCUACGUAAAAGGCAUGAAGCCAGAGCUGAGUUACCUGGCCCACAACCUGGUGGAGAUUGACAAGUACCGAGUGGAGACCUGCUGUGUGAUCGGUAACUAUUACAGCUUACGCUCUCAGCAUGAAAAGGCAGCCCUGUACUUCCAGCGAGCCCUUAAACUGAACCCUCGCUGUCUGGGAGCCUGGACUCUCAUGGGCCAUGAAUAUAUGGAAAUGAAGAACACGUCGGCUGCCAUCCAGGCCUACAGACAUGCCAUCGAGGUGAACAAGCGGGACUACAGAGCCUGGUAUGGCUUGGGCCAGACGUACGAGAUCCUCAAGAUGCCCUUUUACUGUUUGUACUAUUAUCGAAAGGCUCAUCAGCUCAGGCCCAAUGAUUCACGCAUGUUAGUCGCACUGGGUGAAAGUUACGAAAGACUGUCCCAGCAAGUGGAAGCCAAGAAGUGUUACUGGAGGGCAUACUCUGUGGGAGAUGUCGAGAAAAUGGCUUUACUCAAACUGGCCAAGCUCCAUGAACAGCUGAAUGAGUCCGAUGAUGCUGCUCAGUGUUACAUGCUUUACAUUCAAGACAUUUUCUCAUGUGGGGAACAACUGGAGCAUGCCGAGGUGAGCACAGCCCUGCGUUACCUGGGUCAGUACUAUUUCAAGAACAAGCUGUACGACGAGGCAUCCCUGUGUGCCCAACGCUGCUGCGACUACAACGAUGCUCGCGAGGAGGGAAAGGCUCUGCUGAGGCAAAUCUCACAGGUUCGAGAUCAGAUCGAGACGCCGUCAGCAGAGCUGUUCGCGCCACUGUCCAAUAACACCCCGGUCAGGAGGGUUUCCCCAUUGAACCUCAUCUCCUUCACACCCUGACCCUCCACCUCUGUUCAGUGACACUUUAAAGGACUACUAGUGAUUUCUGCAGCAUGAAACAGAGGCUCUGCAAGACUUUACCCAACACUUGCCAGUGUUACAGAAGUCGACUGGUUGGUGUAUAAAGGACGCCUAUUAAAAGUGCAGGUGGGGAAGACUUCGUGGCAUCUAACACCGAAGUUGCACAUUGCAUCUAAAUAUCAUAAAAUGCCCUCACUGGAGCCUGUUAUUACUUUUUUUUUCCUGGACUUUUUGGGUUAAGUGGGUAUCGGCUCAGUCCACAUUCAACUUUAACACUCCCUCUGUGGAUAAAUACCUUAUUUUGAAGGCAAAACAAUUUUAUGCCAAAAAUAGAAAUUCAGAUUAUAUUGCAUUGCUGUCGAAUUCAGGUUUGCUAGUCUUAUAAUUUGAUAUAAAGGUUCAGUCUGUGCAAUUUAGGAAAAUCUAACUAUAGAAGUUAAAUAUACCUUAUUUUUGGCAUUUAAAAAUCAGUUACCUUCAGAAUGAAGUGUUUAUCCAGUGUUAAAAAUCUUCCUAAAUUAUGCAUACUCUACCUUGACAUUGGAUUAUAUGAUUGGCAAACUUCAGUUCUUUCUUAAAGAUGAAUACUAUAGUGUAAGAAAUGAAAGGCUUGAUGUCUUUAUACAGGUUUUAAAUACAUGAGCAGUGUUUGUGUGAACUGCAAAGAAUACUUACAUUUGCAGUUGGGUCUCAUCCUAUCCAUGCUGUUUAUAUGUAAAUAGUACCUGUUGUGCAAGGACUCUUCUUGGUAAAUUCAAGGAGAAUUGUUUUGUAAUAUGAAUAAAACAUUGAAUCUG